GAUUUUUCUCGAAGAAAAAGAAAAAAGAAAACUAAAAAUCAGGGCAUGGUAGUCAAUUUACCUUUAUUUGGUUUGUGAGAUUGUGCAACACCGAAAGCAUUCAAAGGAAUGAGUCGAAUGACCCUUCUUCAAAAUUGUGUCAUCCAUUCCUAUUUUGCCCUAGUUUCUUCUGAUAAAAGUUAGGGCAAGGAAAUUUUUCUGCUACUCUCUCCUCUGUUCUUCUUCAACCUCCAAUUUGUUGGCGUUGCUUCUUCGUUCAAUCAACCAAACCUAAAAGAUGCUGAGGUGGGAUGAGAUAUUCUCUCUUCCGGUACAGAGUCCUCCAACAUUGGAAUUCUCUGCUGCUGAUCUCGUCUGGUCUAAAGUGGUAGGUUGGCGUGACAAGAUUGAUAGAGUUGCUCGAAUUCCCUAUCCAAGGGUUGGUGACUUUGUGAGAGGUGAAUCGGCAAAUGAAGAAUGCCCCACCAGAUUUCAUGUCGAGGCAAGGAGAAAAAGACCUCCGGAGAUGCAUUGCAAACAGAAAGUUGAUGGCAUUCUCGAAUAUAUUCUGUAUUGGUGCUCCUUUGGUCCGGACGAUCACAGGAAAGGAGGGAUUGUACGACCUAGCAGGAGUACUUACGUUCCGAAAAAGAAAUCUGCUGGCAGACCAAAUACAAAGAGAGGAUGUGUUUGUCAUUUUAUUGUGAAGCGCUUAAUUGCAGACCCAUCAAUCGCGCUUAUCAUUUAUAAUCAGGAUAAGCAUGUUGACAAGAGUGAGCAACCUUGCCAUGGUCCACAAGAUCAGAAAUCUGUUGGAACUAGGGCAGCAUUCGCUCCUUAUAUCUCAGAUGAUUUUCGUCUACGAGUUUUAUCGCUGCUUCAUGUUGGAGUUUCAGUGGAAACAAUAAUGCAAAGACACAAUGAAUUUGUUGAGAAGCAAGGAGGCCCUCUAAACCGUGAUGACCUUCUCACACACAGGUAUGUACGGAGAUUAGAGAGGUCUAUCCGUCGUUCCAACUACGAAUUGGAUGAAGAUGACAUGGUUAGCAUCGGCAUGUGGGUUGAAAGCCACCAGAGUCAUGUUUUCUUUUACGAAGAUUUUACUGAUGAAGACCCUUUCGUUCUUGGCAUCCAAACAGAAUGGCAGUUGCAGCAAAUGAUUCGGUUUGGCAAUAACAGCCUCGUGGUAUCUGAUUCGAGAUUUGGAAUGAAUAAAUUGAAGUAUCCCGUUCUCAGUCUCUUGGUGUUUGACUCGGAAAACAAAGCUAUUCCAGUUGCUUGGAUUCUUACUUCACGGUUUGGAAAUGAGAGCACCCACAAGUGGGUUAGGGCUCUUUAUAAGAAAGUCCAUUCAAAAGAUCCUACAUGGAAGUUGGGUGGGUUUGUGGUGGAUGAUCCUUCUGCAGAUGUUCAUGCCAUCAGGGAAGUAUUUCGUUGUUCUAUAUUGAUAUGCUUUUGGCGGGUUCGUCAUGCUUGGCACAAACACCUAGUGAAGAAAUGUCCAGAAACUGAGAUGCGCUGUGAGAUGUUUAAACGCCUUGGUCAGGCAGUAUAUAGUGUCUGUCAAGGAUAUGGUGAUCUGAAUUUGUUUAAGGACUUCAUGGAAGAUUUUGUCGACUGCCCAGAUUUCUUAGAGUACUACAAGGCAAACUGGCUUCCAAGAAUAGGAUUGUGGAUAAGUGCACUGAAAAAUUUGCCGCUUGCCAGCCAGGAGACUUGUGCAGCUUUGGAGUGUUACCAUCACCAACUGAAGCUCAGGUUGUUAAAUGAGAAGGAUCCGAAAGUUUACCAACGCACCGAUUGGCUUGUUGAGAAGCUGAGUACUAAAGUGCAUUCUUAUUUCUGGCUUGAUGGGUAUAAAGGAAAAGAAGAUUUUGCACGAUACAGGAAAGACGAGUGGAUGAGUGGUUUGACAUCAUGGCGCCGAGCAUUGCAGAUACCUGACGCUGAUGUUACUUUUGAAGGUGGAUAUGCAAAAGUAAUAAGCCAGCAUGAUCAAGAGAAGGCUCAUUUUGUUUGGAACCCAGGUUGUGAAUUUGCAAUGUGUGACUGCAACUGGUCUAGAAUGGGUAAUCUUUGCAAGCACGUAAUAAAGGUGAGUAAAAUCUGUCGAAGUAAGGGGUCUGCCAAAAUGUCUAUCAGCCUUUAUAAGUAUAGGCAGACUCUGAUAAAUAUGCUGCAUUGUCCACCGCAUGAUUCUUUGAUUCGGGAUCACGCGAUUUCUCUAGCUGUUUGCGUCCAAAUGCAACUAAAUUCAUUAAUUGGUCCAGAGAGUUGCCGAAGUGAGGUUCAUUCUGUUGAGAAGCGAAGUACUGGCACUGGUCCAUCCAAUUCUAGAAUUGAAGAAGGGAAUCUAAGAAAUGACGCCGCUGAGUCUACUAGUGAGAUGCAGAUUGAUCACUUGGAAAGUGAAAAUGGUGUUUGUGGUGAAGUUGAAGGUGAACUAAUAGGUUCCAGUGAGAUGGAUGUUGAUCAAUUACAUAGUAAUUACGAUAGGGUAAUUGUAACUAGCAAUGUGCAAUCUGAAAAUAUAUUAUCUUCUGUUGGAAUCAAUUCUAGUGUUGGGAGUGAGUCACAAGGUUAUGUUGCAGGUAAUACUUCUGGUGAGAAGAUAAGUGAUCAAGUUGCUAGUGAAACUGUGGUCUGUGUUGAGGUUGUGGAGAAAGCAGCUGGUACCAUUGAGAUUGAUGAUGGUACAUCACCGUCAGUAAAGCUAGAUCCUCAUCAGAUUCAAUCUUCUGGUGAUAACUUAGUAGUCGAGAAAGACAUGAAUUCGAAUGUUGCAGAACUUGGCAAGAGAAAGAGAACUAGAGGUAGUACCUCAAGGAUGAGUUUACGGGUCAUAGAAGCUGUCAAGAAUGUGGUUCAUUCUAUUGAGAAGCGAAGUACUGGCAGGGGUUCAUCCAAUUCUAGAGUUGAAAAAGGGAAUCAACUAAAUGACCUUGGUGAUUCUACUAGUGAGAUGCAGACUGAUCGCUUGGUGAGUGAAAAUGGCGCUUGUGGUGAACUAGGUUCCAAUGAGAUGGAUGUCGAUCAGUUACAUAGUAGCAACGGUGGAGUAGUUGUAACUAAAAAUGUGCAAUCUGAGAGUAUAUUAUCUUCUGUUGGAACUGAUUCUAGUGUUGGGGGCGAGUCACAAGGUUAUGUUGCGGGUGAUACUUCUGGUGAACAAGUUGCUAGUGAAAAUGUCGUAUGUGUUUGUGUUGAGGCUGUGGAGAAAGCAACUGGUCCCAUUGAGAUUGAUGAUGAUACAUCACCGUCAGUAAAGCUAGAUCCUCAUCAGAUUCAUGUUUCUGGUGGUAACUCAUUAGUCGAGGAAGACAUGAAUUCUAAUGAUGCAGAACUUGGCAAGAGAGAAAGAACUAGAGGUACUACCUCAAGGACGAGUUUACGGGUCAGAGAAGCUGUCAGCAAUACGGUUGAAGCUGUCAAGACUCGUAGCAUGAUUAAGUACAGCCGGACCCGUUCUUCUACUGUGCGUGUUGUGGAUAGUGGAAUGGCUGGUGAAAAGGGUGUUGGUUGAUGUGAAUAAUCUACUAGUUAUUUUUUUCAUCUUCCGAGUAGUAUUUUACUAUUUUAGAUAAAAUGCAAGAUUUUUUUGGUACAUACUCAUUUUUGUAAAAAUAGUUUGACCCAUUAAUAAUGUAAAUGUGACUGAUCCCAAUUCCCACAAAUUUAGAAA